CGCAGCGUCAGUACAGCGUGCUCUCUGAUUCGCCGGGAGGAAAUGGCGGGGGGAGAAGCUGCGGGUUCAAACGCAACAACACGAAGUGUCCGGCGGGUGAAUCCCGCAGCAGCUGCCUGUUAGUCUGCGGGGAAAAACGCGUUUCUACAGGUUGAACAGCCGAAACUGUCACUAUGGAGGUUUCUGAACAUGAUGGCGGAGUCAAGGAGAUUUCAGAGAAACUGGAAAAGUCUUUGUCCAUGGAGACGGAGGACAACAUGGACGCCUACCACAGAUUAAUUCAAGAUGCAAAAGAUGUUGCCAGGCAAGGGGACAUGAGCAAAGCUCUGGAAUUCUUCAAGUCGGCGUACAACAUUCACCAGAGUCAAAAACUGGAGACCAGGAUAAAGAAAAUUGAAGAACUUAUUGCUCAGAAUGACUCUGAGGAAGAGGAUGAAGAGUUUGUCAACGUCAACAACAGCGGUUUAAUGCUUUUCAAAGACUUAUAUGACAAGCUUUAUGACUACCAGCGAGACGGAGUGGCCUUCAUGUACAGUCUGUACAGAGACGGGCGUAAAGGCGGGAUCUUGGCAGAUGACAUGGGCCUCGGUAAAACCAUCCAGGUGAUCUCGUUCCUCUCUGGUAUGUACGAUAACGAGCUGGUCAAACACGCGCUGCUGGUCAUGCCUAGUUCACUCAUCACAAACUGGACCAAGGAGUUUGCCAAAUGGACUCCCGGCAUGAGGGUCACGGAGUUCCAUGGUACCAGCAAAGGAGAGAGGACCAGGAACCUGGAGAGAGUUCAGAGGAGAGGUGGCGUCAUCAUCACCACGUACACUAUGCUCAUGAACAACUGGCAGCAGCUGUCAUCGUACCAUGGCAGAGAGUUCACGUGGGACUACAUGAUCCUGGAUGAGGCUCACAAGAUAAAAACCUCAUCCACCAAAACAGCCAAAAGUGCCUCCGCCAUACCUUCGAAACACCGAGUUCUUCUCACGGGUACUCCGGUCCAGAACAACCUGAAAGAAAUGUGGGCCCUCUUUGACUUUGCUUGCCAAGGCACUCUCCUCGGCACAGCUAAAACAUUCAAAACCGAGUAUGAGAACCCCAUCACCCGGGCCCGAGAGAAGGAUGCCACUCCAGGGGAAAAGGUCCUCGGGACCCGGAUGUCUGAGAACCUCAUGGCCAUUAUAAAACCCUACUUCCUCCGCAGGACAAAAGCAGAAGUGCAGAAAAACAAAAUGAGCGGCUCACACCAGGGCAACAAGGACGGCCAAGUCCAAAACCCUCAAAAAGACUCUGGAGCCGUCAUGCCCACCCUCACGAGAAAGAACGACCUGAUUGUCUGGACCUACCUGAGCUCUGCUCAGGAAGACAUAUACAGGCAGUUCAUUUCACUGGACCACAUCAAGGAGCUGCUCAUGACCUCUAGGUCACCUCUAGCUGAACUAAACAUCCUCAAAAAGCUGUGCGACCACCCAAGACUGCUCUCUGCUGCAGCCAUAGCCAAGUUAGGCUUGGACGAAAGUACAGCUGAAAGUCAGCAGAGUGACGACACGGAGACAGACGCCCACAGCAUCGCUAACGUCUCUGACGACACCUUAAUAUCCGAAUCUGGGAAGCUCGUCUUUCUGUUUGCUCUUCUUGAAAGGCUCAGAGAAGAAGGCCACCGCAUACUCGUCUUUGCUCAUUACAGGAAAGUGCUGGACAUCCUCGAACCCAUCCUGGUCAACAGAGGCUUCAAAGUGAUGAGACUGGACGGCACAAUAACACAGAUCGCAGAGAGGGAGCGGCGCAUCACCAAGUUCCAGACAGACAAACGUUACUCUGUCUUCCUCUUGACCACCCAGGUCGGAGGAGUCGGCAUCACUCUGACGGCGGCAGACCGAGUCGUGAUCUACGAUCCCAGCUGGAACCCGGCAACAGACGCCCAGGCUGUUGACAGGGCGUACCGCAUCGGCCAGACGGAAAACGUCGUCAUCUACAGGCUGAUCACCUGCGGCACGGUGGAGGAGAAAAUCUACAGGCGGCAGGUUUUCAAAGACUCCCUCAUCAGACAGAAUACCGGAGAUAAAAAGAACCCUUUUCGGUACUUCAGCAAGCAGGAGCUGAAGGAGCUCUUCACUCUGGAGGACACUCGGUCCUCGUCCACCCAGCUGCAGCUUCAGGCCCUGCACUCCAGACACCGACGAACAGACCCCGAACUGGACGAGCACAUCGCCCACCUCCACGCCAUGGAGAUGUUUGGCAUCUCUGACCACGACCUCAUGUUUUCCCUCGACGUCAACCAUGACGAGGCCCCGGAGGACCAAGAGGCGCACCACUACAUCGAGGGGAGGGUCCAGAAGGCCCAGGAGCUGAUGAAGGCCGAGUCAGAGUUGCAGAUGCAGUUAACAGAGAACAUGGCGUCGAGCACAGAACCAGCCUGGCUCAGACAACCAGUGGACAACAACAACAGAGAGCGGUCUCGUGAGAAAAAACCAAGAAACCCAAGACCAAGUCCUUCCUAUCCACAGCAUGACAGCAACUUUAACAGGUCACCGGUGGUGGUAGAUUUAGACCAGUCCAGUUCUGGCAUGGAGGGCGGCCAACAGAAUCUGAGUGACCACGUUAUUGACCUAACUGCAGAUGAGAGUAACUCAGAAGAACAACCUGCUGCAGGAGUAAGCCAAGACGAGCUCCCAGAGCUGAACCUGGAUUCCCGGAAACUUCAGUCUGUCAAGCAGGAAAGGAGUUCCUUAGGAGUAGCAGACGCCUCUCCUCAGGACGGGACUGAGGAGUCUUUGGUGACGUCGGAGCCCACUGAUGCUGCAGUACAAGAACUAUUAGAUGAGUCUCAAACGUCUGCAGAUGCUUCAGUACAAGAACUAAUAGAUGAGUCUCAAACGUCUGAGGCCGCAGAUGCUGCAGCUGGUGACGGCAGCCAGUCCUACGUUACAGCAGAUGAUGAAGAUGAACAACAGCUAAACGGAACUUCACACUCAACAAACAACUCCAUGAUGGACUUUGGGCCGGCUCGUGUCACCCCCCUGCAGAACAAAAGACUUUCUGUCCUGCAUGCAUCUAAUUCAAGCUUCAAAGGAGACACGUCACACCGAGUCAGCGGCGCAGGGCUUGAAUCCUUUGAGGGCAACUUCAACUUACAGCUUGAGUACAGCGACGUGUCCUCAGAAGGUGAAGUCCUGGAUCAUCAGGAGACCGAAGCAGAGGAGAGGAAGCUGCUGUCACAGCUGCAGAUGGACGGGAGUUUUGACGUGAAUAAAUCGCUUUCUGAGAGACAACACAGAGAAGCACUUGGACAAAGCCUCAACGUGUCUGCCUCUGAAAUGGACGAGUCGCUGAAUGAAUCCUUUGUGGCUACGAAGAAGAAAAGAGCUGCAGUGAUUUACGACAGUGAUGAAGACGAAGAAGAAGAGAAACUGGACAACCCCUUCCAGGUUCUUGGAGCCUCCACCCCUCUCCGGAGGAGAAAGAGCGUUGGAGGAAACACCUCAGUGGCCUCAAACCGGUCUCUCAUCCAGUCCAUCGUCGAAGACAUGGAUGAUGAGGAUGAAGGUGAUGAAGAUGACAUUUCUGACGAGGCUGAAGAGGACGACAUCAUUGGUUCAACUAAUGAGCUUCAGCUGGAGGAGACCACUGGAGAGACCUUAAACACAGAAGGGGAGGAGGAGGAGGAGGAUUGCUCCGAGUCUGCAGAUGGCGUCGAUGCUUCGGCAGAGGAAAUGUGCAGUAACCUGGAGGAAUCAGCCAGCGAGCCCGAGCUCGCCUCCUCCGAGAGAAUGGAUCAGUGCACCGUUGAUGCAGGAGUCGAGACCAACGGGAUGAAGGACGUCGCCGAGGACGAGAGCUACGACUCCCUGGUGAGCAGAGGGAGGGAGGUCUACAACGAGGGGAAGCUGGAAGACGCUCUGGGCUUCUUCCUGAGGGCCAUCGACAUCAAACCUGGAGAUCCUGAGAUCCAGCUCAUGACCAUCCAGCUGUACCGGCAGCUGAGCCAGAGACGUUAACAACCUACCAGCUGGCCAAGACUGUUAACAAUCAGGGCCACGCUGGCUGUUCGACAAAUCCUAUGUGUUAGUCUGUCCCUCUAUACUCUCUGACUUCCUGUCUGUGGCUCUCAGAUCCAAGCACAUUUGGUUCUUAAUGAAGACUUUAAUCUGUAUGACUUUUCAUGGCAAUCCAUCCAAUAACUGUUGAGAUAUUUCAGUCUGAACCAAAGCUGUUUACCUACAUUACCACUCCAACGAUGACACAGUAACAACACAACCCAACAAUAUAAAGAUACUUUACACUAAGGUGGGGUUAAGCGAGUCUGGAGCAAAACCAAUUCCACCGCAAGCAAGUAAUGUAGCUAACCUUAGCUUGCUUGUUGGUUAGCAAACUGCUGCUAUAAUCUAACGUCACAACAACAGCAUGUCUCAGUGAGCUAGAAAGUAAAGUUGAAUGUCCGAGGGUUAUUUAACGUUACUGAAAUAGUGUUGUGUCUUUGUUUGUUUGUUGUUUAUCUUAAAGCACCUUUUAACCUUUUGACUCAAACCUGAUAACUGUGCUUUAAAUCUGAAUCUUUGCACAGAACAGCAUUGAAAAAACAGUAAAGGUGGAAACAUUUUCAUAAACAUACUAGAUUGAGUCUGAUUGUUUCUUGCUUCUGUUAGAAGUCUCAUGUUUUUGGCAUGUAACAGCAGUGACUUCUUAAUUGAAAUUAAAACACUUUCAUUUUUUAUGUUUUCAUUCAUCCAUUAAAACAAUAGUUUUCCUUA